UAUUUUUUAAUCCUCUAUAGGUGCGAUGCAUCUUACAAAGCUGUUACGGUUUCCUCGAAAACCUUUCAAAGAAUUAGAUUAUGCUCGUCAUAUGCCUAAAGAAUAUGUAGAAAGGAUGAAAAGAACAAUUCCGCGGAAAGUUUACAGUGGAAGAUUUGGUGCACCUGAUAUCACUCGGUGGGUACUUCAUCCCGACGAUUACGUACCUACUUUUGAAAGACCUUGGACCAACGAUGAGCUUUCAAAAGCUACCGAAAGAGCUCAUGAAUAUCACCAAGCAAUGAUGAACAACAAAUUUUUCCCUUUCCGGCAAAAUAAUGUGCCUAGAAUAAAAGACGAGGAGUGGACGUUUUUCCCCGGAGACUUAGUUCAGGUCAUGGUCGGCAAGGACAAGGGAAAGCAAGGGACCGUCAUGUCGAUAUCACGUGAUACCAACGAGGUUCUAGUUGAAGGAAUGCAUUGCAAACUUGAGGUCGAAGUAGAAGGAGUAAAGAAGCUGGGAAUUGAUGAGACCCUAAGGUGGAAAGAGCAGCCACUAAGGGUGGACAAAGAACAGGUGAAGCUUGUGGAUCCCAACGAUAACGAGCCUUGCGAAGCGAAAUGGACUCUAAACACCGCUGGCGACGAAUAUAUACGAAUUUCUGAACGAUCAGGUUUUGAGAUCCCCAUACCUAGCCAAGCGAAAGUAACCUAUGAAUACCUGCAACCAGAAAAGUACAUAGAAGUAGAGGAUAAAGAUACACCGCCGAAUCUAGUCUUAGAACGCACUUAUGUUCCAAAAUUGGCCUCAUUUGAAGAAGAAAUUGCCGCUGAGAUGGGCAUCAAAGAUUUCAAGCCUCCGAAACCAACAUACUGGUACUGAUCAUCAUACAUAGAUUCUUCUGUAACUCAUCGCUAGUUCUGAAUUCUUAGGAUUGUUGAUUUUGUUUAUUUUUUACCGAAUCAUAAUGCAUGAUAUCACAUUUAUCUCCUAGCAUGUGUUAAUACUUGUACAAAGCUCAGUGAAAUGUUAAAAUGACCCCGUUUUGACUGGCAACAAAUAAAAUAUUAAAAUUU